AUGAUUCUGCACCCGAGGAGGAUGGGCGGGCCCUGGCGUAGAAAGUCGAGCCUGAUCACGUCCCUUCUUGCCUUCUUUCUCAUCUUGCUCUUCAUCCAAACUCGCAUCCACUACCGCCCUGCUCAACCCGAACCUCCCUCGAUACCGCACCCAGAGCCCGUCGCUGAGCCGCAGCCCGCGCCUUCACCGGUCCCCAAGACCGAACCGUCGCUCAAGGUCACCCAUCCUCUACUCAAGAGCCAGGCUAAAUUCUGGCGAAGUUUAUACCAGAUCAUUCUGAACAAUGACCCAAACUGCAAGAAUGCUCCCGAGCCCGUCGUUCCUCAAAAGUUGGACAUUGGCUUUGAUCCCACGCAACACCGACCGAGACCGGACGUACUGUAUAUGGACACCGCAGACAUCAAACGCAUGCGUGAGGCGCACUCCAACUUUGUCAGUGAUAUGAAAGACGUAACUCCAGUGCCAUACAACCCUGGCACGCGAGGUAUCGCCUUGACUGGCGGGUUCAACCAGCUGCCCGUCCUGGUCAUUUCGGUGCGGAUGCUGCGAAGAACCGGGUCCGAUCUACCCGUCGAAGUGUUCGUUACCGACGAAUCUGACUGGGACGACGAAAUCUGCGGUAUGGUGCUGCCUUCCCUCAAUGCCACAUGCCUCCUCUUCUCCGACAUCUUCCAUGCCGCGAAUACGGGCGUAGCUAUCGACCGGUUCCAAUUCAAGAUCAUGGCUGUCCUCUUCUCUUCCUUCGAAGAAGUCCUCCUCCUCGAUUCCGAUGCGUUUCCUGUUCAUGAUCCUCUGCCCUUGUUCGACGAAGAGCCGUUCAAGAGCCACGGUCUAAUCGUCUGGCCCGAUUUCUGGUACCCGUCCGAGUCCCCAUACUAUUUCGAAAUUGCCAAAAUCGCCUCUGUACCGCUUCUGAAUGAACGAGCUUCCGUUGAAUCAGGUGAAGUCAUGUACUCCAAGUCCAAGCACCGCAUGUCACUUAUGCUUGCCGCGUACUACAAUUAUUACGGACCGUCGUACUACUACCCUUUGCUCUCCCAGGGCGCUCCGGGCGAAGGCGACAAGGAGACUUUUGCUUGGGCGGCCGCUGCCUUGAAAGAGCCCUAUUACGCUGUCCAUGAGCGAGUCAUGGCUCUGGGCCGCCAUGACACCAACGGUCAUUAUCUUGGUACUGCUAUGGCUCAGCAUGACCCAGUCGUUGAUUAUGCAUUCACCAAAGCCUACGGUCCUCCUCACGAGCGCAACAAGGACGGCGACUCCGGCAAAGAGAAUCACUUCGAUAUUCAAGAAAGCGAUGUCAAGCCCUUUUUCAUCCACGCAAACUUCCCGAAAUUCGAUCCGGCAACAAUUUUCGACCACAAAGUGACAAGUUUUGCGGAUCAAGUCGUGGGACAGCCCACUCGAGACACGAACGGUACAAACGUCCGGUGUUGGAUGGACCCGGCUCGCGCUAUCGACUUGUUCGGAUUCGACAUCGAGCGACGCUUCUGGGAGGAAAUCAUGGCCACAGCUUGCGAGAAUGAGCAUCAAUUUCGUACUUGGAAGGGCAAAACAGGCAUCUGUCGGCGUACCCAGGAAUAUUGGGAUGACGUAUUUGCGGUGAAUGCCACUGCCACUCCUCUCGAAGACCAUCAGCAUAAACAAUCCUCCAUCGAGACGCCAUCGCCUCCUUAG